AACCGGCUUCAUUUUUCCCACGCCCAGCGGCGCUUGCGUCCUUGCCCCUUCUGCGGCGGGCGGCUGCGUCACCGCAAAUAAGCUCGGUAGGAGGGGCCGAGCCGAGGGAGCAGUGACUAUGGUUCUCGCCUUCCAGAGCCGGAGGAGCAGUCCCUGGCAGGAUCCGCGGCAGUGGAAGAAACCAUUUUCAGCCUCUCCCACCCUCCCCGGGGGAAAUCAUCUCGCAUUUUGUCUCCCUCCAGCAAAAUAUUUUCUUUAAGGAGCUGUAUUCAAGUGCACCAUACAAAUAAAUAUUUUCUUCGUUAAAGGAGCAGGCAGGUAUACAGUGAAUUACAAUGGGAGGGGAAUCGCGUUUAUCUACCCCUUAUUGAAGUGGUACCGUCCGCCCUACUAGUGGGUGUCAUCGUUCGCCCGGGCCUGCCCGUUCUCGCGCUCUGUCCGUUGGAGCAGCGCGAGAGCAGCCGGCAGCACUGUAUCGAACCCUCAGUGGAGCCGGCGAUUAAUGAUUAACGAAGAGGCGUUGCCUGCGCUCAUGAAUUAUUAAUAAGGGGGAGGGACUCAUUUAUUAAAGAGGUCGACCCGCCAGAAGGUGGGGAUUGUGACGGAAGCGUGACGAACGUUCCGGAGUUCUUAAGGGUACUGCAGCCGGCUAAGAGCCGGUACUGGGCUAAGGGGGAGGGGGAAGAGCUGUGCCCAGCCUCAGAAACAAGGCCUUUUUGAUGGCCAUGUAAUAGGGGACAGUGACAGCCUCUCUUCGCUCAGUGCCCAAACUCGGACCGCGCCCCCCCAUAGUACUGUAUAGGGGAUUAUACAGAGGCCGGGGUCACUAUGGCGGGUGACCGUUCGGGGUGCUGCUGAUUAUUAUUUGCAGGGUUGUUAGAGGCGAAGGACUAGUCUAUAGAGACUUAGUAUGAGGCUCUUUUAACCUGAUGAGUCUAGAAUGCGGGAUUUUUUUACCCCAAAGCGGCGAUUAUUAUUGUGGGGAAAGAGAACUCUUAUGCUGGAGAUUGAGGAUUUUUUUAAACCCAGAAGGGAGUUUUUACCCCGUAAAGUGGAUUGUCAGAGGCGGGGUUGUUCUUCCCCCGGCGAGGGGGGUAUUUACCCCUACGCUGAGUCAGUGUGUGAGGGGCUUUACUGAACGGUGGGCUCGCAGAUCUAAGCCACUGCCUACAAGGACUGGCAGCAGCACCCCCCCCAGAUAUUGCUUGGCGUAGGAGGCGCUGCCUACAGGGGGCCCUUCGCCUCCCUAGCAGCAUCGGCUUCUCAUUCCGUCCUGCCCCUCCUCACCCACCCGAACCGGUUCCUCCCUCAGCAGCGUGUCCGGUGUGUCGCCACCGCCCUCUCUGUUGCUGUCGGCGGCGGCUGCUGCGUAGCAUCAAAACAUGCAGGAUGAGCUGCUCCUGGGGGUGACACAGCAGCAGGCAGGGAGCGAGAGGCUGGGCAGCGGCCCCGCAGCAGGACACCCCCCUCUCAGCCACCCCUCCUCUGACUUUAAAUCCAGUCUCGGCCCCCACCACCAGGAUUUAAACAAGCAGCAGCCGCCACCGCCUGCGCCUCAGCUGAGCCAGAAGAGGAAAGAGUUCAAGCAGCAGCUCAGCAGCCCAGCCCAGCUCGGCAGCAGCCACCCCCUGACUAACCACCACUCCCCCGACUAUCAUCGCCACCCCCCUCAGCAGCAGCACUUCAGCCACCCCACUGACAAGUACCAGGAGCACAGGCAGCCGCGCCAGCUCCUCAGCGCUCGCCCCCCGGAGCAGCCGCAGACAGGGGCCUAUCCUCCCUACCAGCCGCUCAGCCCUGCCGAGCAGAAGGGCGGCCCAGAGAGGGGGGGCUCGGAGCGACUCCCCCCUUCCUGCCCGGGGGCACAGACUGCUGCGGACCCCAAUGUGGGGGUGGUUGUCUCCUCCUGUGUGAAUCCGCCUCCGUCUCCUCCUCACCUGCAGGCUACAGCCCAGUUGCCCCCCAUGGAGUCUCCCCCGAAUAGCCACUUGCUGGGCAGCCCUGGGACCCUCUUGCCCGGCGGGCUCGGCUCCGGCUUCAGCAGCCUGCAGAGCUCGGAGAUCCCCAGCCCCCAUCACCAGAGCGGGGGCGGCUCCUCCUCAGCGGCUUCCCCUCCUCCGCCGCCGCUGCCCGGCUUCGGCACCCCUUGGUCGGUGCAGACCUCGUCGCCGCCUCCGCCGCAAACGCAGCAGCCUCCGGUCUCCAGCAGCGGCGGGAGCCAGAUCAGCGCGAUGCCUCCGCCGAGCCCGGAGUCCGAGACCAGCUUCUACCCGGGGAUCCCGUCUUCUAUCAACCCCGCUUUCUUCCAGAGCUUCUCGCCGGUGUCGCCUCACAACCCCUGCGCCGGGCCCUUCAGCAGCCCCUUCUCGGCCGCCGCCCCGCCGCCGCCGAUGAAUUUACCUCAGCAACAGCAGCAGAACCGGAGAUCCCCUGUGAGCCCCCAGCUCCAGCACCAACACCAGGCGGCGGCGGCCGCGGCCGCCUUCCUGCAGCAGAGGAACUCCUACAACCACCACCAGCCUCUUCUGAAGCAGUCGCCCUGGAGCAACCAUCAGAGUAGUGGCUGGAGCACAGGAAAUAUGUCCUGGGGAGGAAUGCAUGGCAGAGACCAUCGUAGAACUGGAAACAUGGGAAUUCCAGGAACUAUGAACCAAAUUUCUCCUUUGAAGAAGCCCUUUUCUGGUAAUGUCAUAGCUCCCCCUAAAUUUACUCGCUCUACUCCAUCGCUGACACCAAAAUCAUGGAUUGAAGAUAAUGUUUUCCGAACUGACAACAACAGUAAUACUCUCUUACCCUUACAGGAUCGAAAUAGAAUGUAUGACAGUCUGAAUAUGCACUCAUUGGAAAACUCUCUUAUUGACAUCAUGAGAGCAGAGCACGAUCCACUUAAAGGUCGCUUGAGUUAUCCACAUCCAGGGACUGACAAUCUUCUGAUGUUAAAUGCAAGGAGUUAUGGGAGAAGACGAGGUCGUUCUUCCCUCUUCCCGAUAGAUGAUGGUUUGCUUGAUGAUGGCCAUAGUGAUCAAGUUGGUGUCUUGAAUUCACCUACGUGCUAUUCAGCUCAUCAGAAUGGAGAACGGAUAGAACGGUUCUCUCGGAAAGUAUUUGUUGGUGGCCUUCCACCAGAUAUUGAUGAAGAUGAAAUUACUGCUAGCUUCAGACGAUUUGGGCCUCUGGUAGUAGACUGGCCUCACAAAGCAGAAAGCAAGUCCUACUUUCCACCUAAAGGUAAUACAGUGAGAAAUUUUUUUUUUCUGAUUUAUGUAAAUCUUCUUAAUCUUGGACACCUAUUUAACCUCUUCAUGCCUCUUUCUCUUCUGAAGGGUUUAUUUUGCAGUCUUUUAGGCGAUGUCUACACUGCUCUACAGGUUGGAUUAUAGGGGUG